GGUCAGUGGGGCAGUUCCUCUGGGGCCGCCUUUCACAGGGAGUGUUAGCCAUGCCCUUUUGGCCUUGGGCCUAACGUCCUGGCUUGGCCUGGGUCCUCAGUUCUUCUGGCCCCAGCAGAGGCUAGAUGGGAAAUCUUCUGAGCUGGGGCUCCAACCCUGCCCCGAAGUUGCAGCCUCUGCUUCCCACCAUCUGCUGCCAACUGCCUUGCCGUGGGACAACAGUGGCACUUGCAUGCGGAAGUGACUAGGUUUCAGUCAUGGCCGCAAUCCGAAAGAAGCUCGUGAUCGUGGGCGAUGGUGCCUGUGGGAAGACCUGCCUGCUCAUUGUCUUCAGCAAGGAUCAGUUCCCAGAGGUCUACGUCCCCACUGUCUUUGAGAACUACAUCGCAGACAUCGAGGUGGAUGGCAAGCAGGUGGAGCUGGCUCUGUGGGACACAGCAGGACAAGAAGACUACGAUCGCCUGCGGCCUCUCUCCUACCCAGACACCGACGUCAUCCUCAUGUGUUUCUCCAUUGACAGUCCUGACAGCCUUGAAAACAUUCCUGAAAAGUGGACCCCGGAGGUGAAGCACUUUUGUCCCAAUGUGCCCAUCAUCCUAGUGGGGAAUAAAAAGGACCUGAGGCAAGAUGAGCAUACCAGGAGAGAGCUGGCCAAGAUGAAACAGGAGCCUGUUCGAUCUGAGGAAGGCCGGGACAUGGCAAACAGGAUCAGUGCCUUCGGCUACCUUGAGUGCUCAGCCAAGACUAAGGAAGGGGUGCGGGAGGUAUUUGAGAUGGCCACUCGGGCUGGUCUACAGGUCCGCAAGAAUAAGCGCCGGAGGGGCUGUCCCAUUCUCUGAGUUCCUCAAAAUCUCCUCAGUUGCCUCCCUCCUGCCCCCCACUCCAUCCUUGUAGGACUCCAUGCUGCCAGUUUCUUUUUUGGUUUCUUCCUGCCCAGGACUGCAUGAGUUUUCCCAGCCCCAAGUUGGAGCUGGUAGUCCCUUCCUCCCUGCCUCUGGGAACCAGGCUGGUGCCCUGCCCUUCCUGAGCAGAGCCCCUCCUCCUGCUGCAUUGGUCCAGGGGUGGGGCUCUUAGUCCCUUUGGCCUUCCCCAUAUCACACACCAGCACUUUAUAUAUUUCUGACUCACAGGAGGAGUCUAGGGUAAGGACUGGGAUUUCUGCUUUGGGUAAUAGCCUUAACUUGGUGGGAAGGCAGGAUACGAAUAAAGGUCAAAGGUUGCACCACG